GCUUACCUGUUUCUUUCGGUGGGCUACAUUCAAAUGCUCAAGGCAUUCAAUCCCGUCGCAAUCCUCCUCAUCUCCUUUGCCAUCAAGAUCAAGGAGCCAUCUCGCAGGCUCUUCGUCAUCGUUUUGACGAUCAGCUUUGGCGUUUGUAUGGCAAGUUAUGGCGAGCUACAUUUCAACCUCGUUGGCUGGACACCGAUCAUGACGGCAAUCCCUCACCUCGGUUUCGGCCAUCUUUUUGCCAACGCAAUGACCGCUUUUAUGCUCAAUGUCGCUGCAGUAUGGCUCGUUGGCGUCGGUGGUGGAUUAGUUUUGACCCUGGCCGGGGUAUUCAAGCUACGAAAUUACGGCCCUACAAAUCAUUGGUAUGUCAUUACUAUGUCACCGCAAGCGAUUCUAAUCCUCCUUUAG